AUGGAAUCUCUAAUACGUGCCUGGCGUACCGCUCACGUCGACGAAAACGGCAAGCUCCUAGCCUCGACCAUCUCCCUCACCAACACCGACUUGGAGGAAUUCGCCUACAGCACCAACCCAGCUCGCGUCGCCGAGGAUAUCUUCCGUACGCUCGAAUACGAGAACAACGCUUCUAGACCAAAGAUCACAAAUAAAACGGGUCUGGAGGCUUGGGCUGAGGUUUAUGUUGCUUACUGGAAGGUCGCACAGGCGCUGGAGAGACAUGAUGAGGUCGAUUGGGCGCAGGUGUUUGUGGCGAUGAAGGAUAUGACGCAGUAUGUCUGGGCAGUCAUUCGAGGGUUUCAGAACGGAUUAUGGGAGGUCUGGCAACUUGAAGUACUAUAUACAGCCUGCAAGUAUUUAAGAUACGUUGCGAUACGGACGGAUGAAGCGAAACGAUCGAACGGCGAGGAUACGUGGAAGUCGUUGGAAGAUGCUGCUAGGAUUAUCAACCGAGCCUUCAACGUUUGCUUGAACGACCGAGCCGAACUCGCACAGAGUAGGAAAUGGGGCACGUAUUAUAUUAUCAACAUACUCUUCAAGACGUAUUUCAAGCUUAAUGCUAUAACGUUGUCGAAGAAUAUCUUGAAGGCACUUGUUGCGAAUACGACAGAGAUGCCGGAUCUGCUGGAUUUUAGGACUUCGGAUGUGGUUACUUUCAAGUACUACUGCGGUGUCAUUGCUUUCUUAGAUGAAGACUACGUCAGGGCAGAGGAACAUCUUGAAAUGGCCUAUCAGCUCUGCCAUAAAGCCGCACAGAAGAAUAAAGAGCUUAUCUUAACAUAUCUAAUCCCCACAAAACUCCUAACCCGACGUCAACUCCCCUCCGCCACAUUACUAAAACCCUACCCACUCCUCGAAUCUUUAUUUCUACCCCUUGCACAAUGUAUCAAAUCCGGUGAUCUACGCGGGUACGACGAGAACCUCGCACGAGGCGAAGACUGGUUUGUUAAGAAGCGAAUUUUCCUAACCCUCGAACGCGGUAGAGACAUUACCUUGAGAAAUUUGUUUCGGAAAGUGUAUUUAGCGGCUGGGGAGUCGAAGACUAGGAUUCCGGUUGACCAUUUUAAGGCGGCGGUUAGUUGGAAGAGCGGGGUGGAGUUGGAGACGGAGGAAGUUGAAUGCUAUUUGGCGAAUAUGAUCUAUAAGGGGUAUAUCAAGGGGUAUAUCUCGAGGGAGAAGGGGAUGGUGGUACUUAGUGGAUCGAAUGCAUUUCCUGGGACUGGCGUUUAG